UUCCUCCUUCUCUAGUAAUGGUUGUUUUUUUUUUUUUUCAUUUUACAGGAAGAUAUUGUGGUGAGAAGACAGCAGUUUGACUCAAUCAUAGAUGAGCUGUUAACUUUCAUUUUGUUUUUCCAAAGUAGAGUAACCGUAGUGUGAAGCUGCUAUAAAAGGAAAAUAAAUAGACAAAUAAUAACAUUUUUACACUAAAUUUAAAACUUUGAAGACAGGUUUUGGAUGGGAUGACACAAAGCUCCCCUGUAGUUACCCAGACUGCUGGCAGCAAUCAAGGAACUGACGAAAAGAAACAAGUCCUGCUAAUUCUGUGCUACGCCUAAAACAAAAGCCACACUGUUUCUUUACCACAUUCAUGGCGCCGACAUCUUUAUUGACGCUGAUAUGGUCUGCCCACGGGAUCUGACGUUGUCACAUGCACCACAAAGUUACAUCGUCUACCAACUCUGCCCUGGAAAGGACUCUGGUGUCAUAAUGCAAAUUAGCAUUUCUAAUAGUAUCAGGAGGUGUUAAGGACAAGUAUAAGAUGACUCGUUUAAAGUGCGUUUUAGUGACAAUAUUAUCCAGCACCAUCCUUUUUCUUCUUCUUCUAAUUAGUUUAAUGGCUACACAAUGUCCGCGUACUCAUCAUUUCUGCCCAGAUGAUUGGAUUGGCUUCCAAAAAAAAUGCUAUUAUUUCUCUAAAGAAGAAGGGGAUUGGAAUUCAAGUAGACAUGACUGUAUCACUCGAGGUGCAGACCUAACUAUCAUUGACACGACAAAAGAAAUGGAUUUUCUUAAGCGAUACAAAUGCACUGCUGAUCACUGGAUUGGGCUGGAGAUAACAGAAAAUCAAACACUACAAUGGGUACAUGGAACCAUGUCUAAAAUAUGGUUUCCGGUGAGAGGAAAUGAAAAGUGUGCUUACCUCGAUAACGAUGGUGCGGCAACAGCUAGAUGCUACACAGACAGAAAAUGGAUUUGCAGGAUGCAAAUGCACUAAAUUCAGGUUUUUAUAGUGGAAUUACAAUACAGGUACAAUGAUCUUUGUAGCUGGUUUUCUCUCCUCCUGUAUAAGUUAAUUUUCAACACUCUGCUGCUUUAGCCUGAUAAUACAUCUUGAUAGUUGUUAAAAUAAUUUCCUUCAACUUAUUUUUCUACUCUUCACAUGGCCUGUACCUUUGCUUUUCUGUAACAUUUUAGAAGAAUCUUGUAAUUUCACAGGAUCUCUAGGUCAAUUUGAGAAGUGUUGUGUGUAUUUAUGGUAUUAUUUUUCUAUUUAUUUUUAUGUUUUGUAUUGUGUUGGUCUUCUUGAGUGAUCUGUAAUUUUUCUAAUGAGUCGUGAAUGUUAUUUAUUAUAUGUGCCCAUAUUGAAUGUAUCUGAUGUUUAUGUUAUUGCAAUUGUAUGAUUUUAUUACUUUUUAAAAUAGUUACUUUAUAUAUGGAAAUGUAACUGUUUUGGCUAUUCUUCUGUUCAACAUACAUUCUGAAAACGUCCAAUUUCUACAAUUGGUGGAUUCUUUUAAAUAUUGUAAGACAGCACUUUUAUUUUUUCUUAUCUUAUAACUGUUACUUAAUUCUUGUCUAAUUAAAAUGUGUAGGACUUCCAGGAAAAUAUUGACAGUGAACAUUUUUGAUGUGUUUCACAUGUUAAGGAAAAUGCUUCUAACAUUUCAACAUUACCAGUGUUUUAUCUCAGUGUUUUUUUAAUGCACUUUUUUAAGUGAAGGCAGAUCUUUUCUCUUCCUGUUUCCUAAAAAAAAAAAAAAAAAAAAAAAAAAGUUUUUAUAGAAAGGGACUUUGAAUUUUCUUCUGUUUUUUGUUUCCUGCAUUUAUUUUGAUGUUCUUCCUUAAUCUUGCAACGUGGUUAAUGACACUAGUUCUCUAAUAUUAAAUAACUACUCUGUAUUCCUAGAUAAAAUUUAAAUCGGUCAUAAUGCUAUAUGGUAUUUAUUCUAAAUUGAUUUAUUCUGAUAUUUAUUUUUUAAUAUCUCAUAUCUAAAUUCAUGAAUGUGAUUGCCCUAAAAUUUUCUCUGGAUAAGCAGGGAUCAAGGUUUCAACAAAUCAACAAAGACAUGAUUGGAAGAUUGUUGCUUUACCUUUACGGUAUAAAAUUGCAAAUGACAAAUUUAAUACAUCUAAAAAAUUAUUGACCAGAUUUUAUGCAUAUCUUAGAUUAGAUUCACAUUUGUGAUCGUCAAUGCACCACAGUGCCAACCUUUGAGAGAAUCACUGGAAAAGAAUAUUUAUGAAGAAUAUGGCAUGAUGAUGUAAUCAGAAUGAAGUAGACAGUGCUAGACAUGUGCAAACUCAAGCAGAUGCAUGUUGUUUCAAUUUUUUGUUUGUUUGUUUAAAAAUGUGUUUGAGGGGCACCUGGGUGGCGCAGUCGGUUAAGCGUCCGACUUCAGCCAGGUCACGAUCUCGCGGUCCGUGAGUUCGAGCCCCGCGUCAGGCUCUGGGCUGAUGGCUCAGAGCCUGGAGCCUGUUUCCGAUUCUGUGUCUUCCUCUCUCUCUGCCCCUCCCCCGUUCAUGCUCUGUCUCUCUCUGUCCCAAAAAUAAAUAAACGUUGAAAGAAAAAAAAAAUUAAAAAAAAAUGUGUUUGAAAGGACAUUUUUAAGAGCCAUGAUAGUGUGAAUAAUAAUAGCAUUGCUAACUUUUUCUCAUGAGGAGUGAAACUAGCCAGGAAAGACACACUUAGCAAUAAAGAAGGCAGAGAUGGUCCUUGGACCUGGACGGGAAGAAGUGAUGUGUGGACACUAUUACAAACCUGCUUCCACACUCACUGGACAAUAAGCAAAUGCAUAAUCAAUCUCCUCUAUCCCCUGUUUUGAAGAUUUAUAGAUAAGUCAUAAUACCUUUCGUGGGCUCGUGAAUUCUGUAACACAUUUUAAUCAAAUUGUUUGCUUAAAUGGAAGCUCUCCCCACCCACCCCAAAAUUCCCAGAAUCCGUCAGACUUUACAAGAUCAAAUAUUUAUCAGUCAAUAAUCACACAAGUUCUUUUCAGCUGUAGAUCAUAAUUUUGUUCCAUUAUUUAAUAGUUAUUUAUACAUAUUUAAUAUGAAAAACAGUGAAUUCUAUUCCAUAUGGUAGUAGUAAUAUUUAUAAACUUUAGUCAUGUGUAGUUUUAAUAAAAUUUUACUUCCUCUCUCUUAUGGCUUUAAUUAUACCGCCAAGUGGAAGUCCUAACCUUCAGCAUCUCAGAAAGUGACCUCAUUUGUAAAUAGUCAUGAAAAAUGUAAUACAAAAUGAAAUCAUUAGGAUGGGCCCAGAUCUCUCUAAGACUGGUGUCCUUAUAAGAAGUGAAAAUUUGGAUUUAGUGAUGAACACUCACAAAAGGAAGAUUAUGUGAAGACACAUGGAGAAAAAGUGGCCAUGUGACUGAAGUGAUAUAUCUAUAACACAGGGAAUGCCAAGGAUUACCAGCUACCAAGAGAAGCCAGAAGUGGCAAGAGAGGAUUCUCCUCUAGAGCAGUCUGGGAGAGCAUGGACCCUGUAGACACCUUGAUCUUGGACUUUUAGUCUCCCCAUCUGUGAGACAAUAAAAUUCUCUUGUUUUAAGCCCCGCAAUUUGUGGCACUUUGUCACGGCAGCCCAGCAAUCUGAUACUUUGUAUUAUCAAGAUCAGCUUAUCUCCAUUUCUAUGUUCCAUCUUUCUCAGAUAUACACCUAAGCUGGGGUGUCCCUUCCUUGUUUCAGGAGACUUCUUUAAAUUAAAGAAAAUAUGUCCUCCCAGCAUCUCAGCCUGGUCACAUUUGGUUUUAUCUACCAUUCUGCAAAAGCGGUUCUCAUCAAAUCAUGCCAAUCUGUAUUUCCAUACCCAGUGAAACUGCUUCAGUUACCAUGUCACAAGUCCCCUCAAGCAGAAUGUAACAUUUCUUUUCUAUUCAUUCCUUCUUUAAAUACUGUCUUCCAAGAAUUUUUGUGACAUCAUGUUCCCCUGAUUUCUCUGCUGUUUUCAAUUUCUGUCUCUGCCAGAUUUAUUAGUCUUCCUAUAGUUUUAGGCUUUUCAUCUUCUCUCUUCCUACUCCUCCCUGGGAGAAGGGAUCCUUUAUACAUUAGGGAUCAACAUCUACUCUAAGGGAUCCUAAAUUUACAUAUUCAACAGUGAUACUUUCUUUGAGUUCCAUAUUAUCUAACCGUGGACUCCAUUUUAACAUCUGAAUUGUAUCUCUUUUCCUCAACCUUUUAUUUAAAUUCUAGUUAGUUAACAUUUAGUGUAGUAUUGGUUUCAGGAGCAGAAUUUAGUGAUUCGUCGCUUACCUACAACACCCAGUGCUCAUCACAACAAGUGCCUUCCUUAAUACCCAUCAUGUAGCCCAUUCCCCACACACCUCCCUCCAUUAGCCCUCAGUUUGUUCUCCAUUAAGAGUCUCUUAUGGUUUGCCUCUGAAUAUGUCUAUAAUUUAUCAUCUUUCCCUCAAAAUAUAGCUCUCCUCAGUCCUCUAAAUGUAAACACCAUCCAACUAAGUGUAUAAAAACAGAAACCUGGUUUUACCCUUAACAUUGGCUUUGUUCCUCAUCUACCAUUUGUAGUCAAUUUAGUAGGAAUAAAUAGAAAUACUUGGCAGGUAACCCACGAGCAGAACUGUUUGCUGGGUGUGUAUUGCUGGGGGAAGAAGGUGUGAAUCUGAGAUGAAAAUUCUUGAAGUAAAGUGAUGGUUGAAGGAGUAAAUGAAAGAAAUACAUUCUCAAAACCUAAGCACAAUUUAAAAUAGUACACCUCUCUUUCAAGAAAGUUAAAUUUUUACUGUUCAUAAUAAAUCCUAUUAAUGUUUAUAUUUCAAUUCACUGCAUCUCCAAAGCUUUAAUACCAGCCCAUCAUCUGUUGCCCAACAGUCACCUAAAUUAAUUCAUAACUGGAACACUUCUUCAUUUUCCUUUUCCCAUAUGGUAGCCGGGGUAAUGGUACUAAAUCUUGAAACUGACCUGGUUACUCUGCUAACUCAAGCUUUUUAUUGGCUUCCAAUUGCUGUUGACAUGAAAGUGAAAAUGUGUGACAUAUAAGACACCUCUUAUUUUCCAUCAUAUUUCACAUCCUGUUUAUCCUUUCUUGGGUCCAGUAACACUACCUUUGCAUUUUUAAAAAGUAUAACAUGCUUAUAAAUCCAAAAGGUUUUUUUUUCCUAUUGGUGUUUUAUCUGGGACUUCAUGGAAGCUUCCCUCUUCUUCUACCCAUUUCUAUUCACUUAGAUCCAGUUCAUUUGUCACACAUUUAAAGAUGUUUUAGCUAAAUUAAGGGACAACAUCAGAUCCCCCUAAGUUAUAUCCUCAUAAGUGACAUGCAACUUUUCUCCACGGUACCUAUCAAUUGUUAUUCAACCAAUAUUUAUUGAGCAUCUACUGUGUAUCAGACAUUGCUUUAAAUAAUAGGGAUAGGAUAGGAAUCCAAAUAGGGAAAAACUCUUGCACAUAGAGCUCAAGUUGUAGAUGAGGGCCCAGAAAAUAAAGUAACAUUUUAGAAGGUACAAAGAAAAUUGUUUGAACAAAGAAAAAAUAUAUCGUUUUAUUUGGUUAAUUAUUUUAUUAGUGUUUAUGAAUCAGACUAGAACAUAAGGGUCAGUUCAAACAUGGGGAAAAGAACGGUUACUGGUAUUCUGUGGAUGUUAUUAUCAUAAAACAAACAACACUGCAAACCAGAAAACCAUCAUGGUGAUCAAGGAUACAAAUGUCACUUCAAAGCUAACUUUUAUGACUAGGUCUGGACAAAGAAAUACCCCCAAGAUAGAGAAUACAAAUUGAACAAAACAUGAAAAUGAGAGUCCACCAAGAAACAAAUACAAAAAUGAACAGAUUGAAGUUCUUAUGAAGAAUGGGGCACUUACAAAAUCUAAAAGCACCUCCUUCCCGCCAAAGCAACGAUUGCACUCAACAAUAUCAACACUGGAAAAGACUUUAUUGAGGGUUAUUGCGAUCAGGGAGAUAGGCCAGAACUCAGCCUGAGCUAAAAUCUACUGAGAAAAAGAGUAGGAUUGUGAGGAAUAAGGGAGAUGAUUCAUUUCAGAAAGACGAAAUGAAACCUGUGCUGCUCAGUUAGUAAGUUUACAACCUAUUUUCCCAGGCUUUGCAACCAGCAGGUGCUAAAGAACUGAAGUCUCUGUGUCGCCUCAAAGAAUGUACAUCUGUUCCAAUCAGACAACUUUUGCCUUACAUGGGCACCGGCAACUUCCAGUAAGGCUGUAACCUCUGUAGUACUCAGCCAAUGAGGAACCGGGGGCGGGACUUCUCCCUAGGAGAUAAAUUGUCCGCUGUGACUGCCCCCUAGUGUGCCUUUCCAUCACACAUGCUCUUGCGAGAACGUCGAUGAAAACCUUGUUUCUUUGUGUUAGAGUUUCUGCGUCUUGCCUUUGAUUGGGUCAGCGGGCUUAUUUCGCACAGGGUUUUGCAGAGCUGGGGUGAAGGAGGGGUCCUACACCAUGUGCGUCUGCUAAACAGCUGUACCCAGAUGGAAACUAAACCUUUUCAGGUCUUCGUGAUAGGCGAUAGUUUUAAAACUUGGAGGUAGGUGCCCCCUGAAGUCAGCCUCCUACCUUCCCACAGAAUCUAAGAAAUAGAGGUGCUACUUUUCUUUUUUUGUUUUGUUGUAUUUUAUUUUAUUUUCUAUUUUAUUGAUUGAUUGAUUGAUUGAUUGACUUACUUAUUUGAUUCUCCAGUUAGUUAACAUUCAGUGUAGUCUUGGCUCCAGGAGUAGAACCUGAUGGGGUUUUGGAAUGGUGGGGGGGAAUCCAGAGCCAACUCCAAGAAAGAAUUCUUGAGACAUUUCUGGCGCAUACACACACACACACACACACACACACACACACACAAGAUGAUUUUAUUAAAGCACAGAACCCAUGGGCAGGAAGAGCUGCCCCUGGACCAUGAGGAGAGACUGGUUAUAUACUAUGGGGCUGGGGGAGGUAAAGUCCAGGGGAAGUUUCCAGGGAGAUUUUCAUA